AUGGCAAACUUGCAAUUCACGACAUUUGACAGUAUUCAAGAUCAUGUUAGCCAUGUUCGACAGAUCUUCAACACCGGUAAGCCCCGUGAUAUCAAAUGGCGCAAGUUCCAAUUGCAACGCCUGUAUGAUAUGGUCUCUGAAAACGAGGAGAAACUCUAUGAAGCCAUGGCCAAGGACAUGCAUAAGCCUCGCAACGAAGCCAUGGGUGGCGAUAUCGCACCUGUUCUCGAUGAAUGUCUCUACUUUUUGGACAAUUUGGAUGAACUGAUCAAGGAUCAAAAAGUCAAGCCCAGAUCAGGCGUGAAUGCCAUGGAAAAAGUUGUGAUUCGCAAAGACCCCUUGGGUGUUGUUCUCAUUCUGGGUAGUUGGAACUAUCCUGUACAGCUCCUCUUAGUGCCCUUUGCGGGUGCCAUUGCUGCUGGUAACUCUGUCAUUCUUAAACUCUCCGAAGUCGCUGCUCAUACUGCUGCACUCAUUACUGAAUUAUUUCCCAAAUACAUGGACACCAGUUGUUAUCGUAUUGUUAAUGGCGGUGUAGAGGAAACCACAUUCCUGCUCAAGGAAAAGUUCAACCACAUCUUUUAUACUGGUAAUGAGAAUGUAGCCAAGGUUGUCAUGACUGCAGCCGCCAAACACUUGACUCCAGUGACGCUUGAAUUAGGUGGUAAAUCUCCUGCUGUCAUUGCCCCGGAUGCUGACAUUCAAUUGACAGCUAACCGCAUUGCAUUUGGUAAAUUCUACAACUCUGGUCAGAUCUGCAUUGCUGUCGAUCAUGUCUUAUGUCCAAAGAGCAAAGUAAGUGAACUUGUCAAGGCCUUAAAGCACACAUUGCAUCAAUUCUACGGCAACAAUCCUCAAAACUCCAACGACUAUGCUCGUAUUGUCAACGAGCGUCAUGUGGAUCGCAUCUCAUCCUUGUUGAACAACCGUACCAGUGGUGAGAUUGCGAUUGGCGGUGAGAUUGACAAGAAGGAACGCUACAUUGCUCCUACUGUGGUCGUCAACGUGAAGCCUAACGACGAGACUCUAAUGAGCCAAGAGAUUUUUGGUCCCGUUUUACCUAUUGUGACCUACAAUGACAUUGAAGAGGCGAUUGGUAUCAUUAAUCAACGUGAACCUCCUCUCGCUUUGUAUGUGUUCUCCAAGAAUCAAAAGGUGAUCGACAGAGUGUUGAAAAACACUCAAUCCGGCGGUGUUUGUGUCAAUGACUGCUUGAUGCACCAAGCUGAAUAUGGCAUUCCAUUUGGUGGUGUAGGCGCUUCUGGUAUGGGUAAUUAUCAUGGUGCUAAAUCCAUUGCCACAUUUACACAUGAGAGAAGCAUGCUGGUCAAGAAGCAAAAGAUGGAAGGCGCUGUGGCUGUCAGAUAUCCACCUUACACUGACCGCAAAUACAAUCUGUUGAGAUUCAUCAUGGUCAAGCAUCCUGUCAUGCUGAAACUCAAAUUGUACCGUCAACCACUCAAGUUACUUCUUGCCAUUAUCGCCUUAUUAGCCUUUUAUUUGAGAAGAAAAUAA